CCGACGGUUUUUUAUUCACCGCAUAUUUGUUUGUAAUUGGACUUUCAGCUGAGAAAUCAACAACGCCCCCCUCCGCAGUUCAGCUUUUAGACGCGUAAGUGGGAUGGAAGACAAAGGAAGGUUUCAAGUUAUGCAGUCGAACAAAACUCAUCUGCUGCGAUGGGGCAGUGGACGGAAGGGCUGUUAUCCCUCCGCUUCCGGCUGUGGGGUUCAAAAAGUAUAGACACGACGACUACGUGUGUGUGUUUCAAUACGCGUCUAGCUCAAAAAUAGUCUUGGCACACAAAAAGAGAGUGAGUAACCUUGAAAGGGUGCAUGACCUGUCUAAGUCCGUAAAGAAGCAUAAAAGAAGGAGGAACGAAUCCAUUUCCCUCCACAACCACUGAACAUUACAAGCAAUCAUGAGUACUCAAGUAUACGCCAAAGUCUCUUUUGAAGGCCGACUCCGUCAGUUUUCCAUCAAUCGUGUUGCGGCAGGAUAUGACUGGAAAUCCUUUGAGGAUGAGAUUCGUCGUCUCCAUGAGAUCCCGCCUACAACCCGGAUCGUUGUCACAUACAAGGAUCAAGAUAACGACACCAUUUCUUUGAACACAGACGCAGAGUUGAGGGAUGCCGCCUUCGAGGCAAGGCAGGGCAAGAGUGCUGGUGAUCGCGUAGUUAUCCGCUUUGACGUGCGCGACCGCGAUGCCGACCCGGCUGGAUUUGUUGUCGUGAAUGAGCAAGAGCAGAGUGCUCUGCCUGAGCCGGCCCAGCCAUCAGUCCAGCAGAGUGCCCAGAAUGAGCCGGUUUAUCCGUCGGUCCCAAUUGUUGCGGAAAGCCCAUCGGUCGACGAUGGGCAGAAAGUUGCUGCAGAGCAUCCGGUUGACACCAGCGUUGACAAGGGUAAAGCACCGGCUUCUGCCACGGCUACAUCUGCAUCGUCUUCGAAUCCAUCCGUGAAGGACGGUGAGCCUCGCCCGGAAUCGACUUCUUCGCCCGAAAACAACGGAUCGUCUUCGUCCUCUUCAAAUAACCAAGACAAUGAGGCCCCGCAGAAUCCUUUUGAAGCCUUUACCGAAAACAUCAAGCCGCUGCUCGACCAAAUUCAAGCCAACAUUGAUGCUCAUCCCGAAUUUGUCCAAUCCAUGAGUAACCUCAUUUCCCAGAUUGGUGUGCAAGCCCAGGCGCACAUCGAUCCUAUCCUUCGCAACGUCCACGAGCAAGUCCGUCAAGGCAUGCAUGGACGCUGCCCUCAUCGUCAAACUCCUUUCGGCUUUGGUUUUCCCUUUGGAUCUCGAUUUCCUCCUUCGCAGGAGGGUGGAUUUCCAUUUUCUGCAGCCCCAUCAGCACCCAGAACGCCUACUGCAGAUGAGCUGAAGAGCAAAGUCGAGAUUUUGAACGGCAUGGGAUUCUGGAACAAUAGUCGAAUUGAAGAGCUGCUUAAAAGAUAUGACGGGAAUGUGGAAAGGGUUGUGGAGGUGUUGCUCAGGGAGUGAUGGUUGGCUUGGGUUAGUUCAGAUUAUAUAGUUCUUUUAUGUCAUGUAUCAUUGUCAUGUUAUGUUUUCCUUGUGGAGUAUUCAGUUAUGCUACGUUUCAUUGUUUGCAAUAAAUAACUACAUUGAGUCGUAUCAACUUUAA